GAAUCAAGGUAGACUUCUUUCUCCAUUUCAAACUACAAAUUGGUCGUUUAACAAUUUUAUAGACGAGUCUACAGCGGCAAGCAUGAAGGGCGUGGCGUCUGUCCUCGUCUGGGUCCAGUGUCUCUUGGCCUUCACAGAGGCUGUCUGGGCCAACACAGAGAAGAUCAUUUUUCUCGCCCCAGAGAGCAUGAACAUGUCCUAUAACUCUUCGACACUGGAUAAUCUCCACCUAGAAAUUCUCACCCCUGAUACGAGGUCUAUCAGGCGCCACUUGCCAUCUUCUUUCCCGUCUGCCGAGUCAUCCGCCGGGUCAACAUCUUGGCUUUUGCUUUACAACCUCACACCGUCACGCCGCUACGAAGUGAGAGUGUGCUGGGCUGCGAUACAACCGACCCAGUUCCUACUUGACCUCUACGACCCAAGUGACGUCUGGAAGAACGCUGAGUUGACCUCGUCCCUCGUCCAGUCACGUCAGGGUCAUGAGGUUGUGUCAGGCAGCCGUCUAGAGCCACUUCUUUUACAGGCUCAUAACGGAGACAUAGGGGCCUACAAAACCCCCUCUGUCCUAUUCCUCCGUAUUCGGGCCGUCGCCAACUACUACUCAGAAGACGCGGCUCGCAUGGCCCAAGUGGAGCCGCCUCUCGUCGACAUUAUUUUGGACCCGUAUGUAUUCGGCAUACUUCCAGAGUCACUGGUGUCCACCGUCGUAUAUAUUACUGUCGUCGCCAUAUGGGCUGUUUUGCUCGCACGGCGUAUCGUUUCCUGGAUACGGAGGCUAAUCGGCACCAAGAAGCCGUUUGAGAAAGCCGCGACGGCGCAGAAGAAGACGAUAUAGCUCACUUGCUUCCGUCGCCAAAUCUGGCCACCUAUGACAGAAAUCACUACAAUCCUGAUUUCCAGCAUGUCGAUAUUCUGCUACAUUAUCGUGAGAACAUAAUUCACUAGAGGCGCAUACAGUAGCAAGCGCGAAACUCUUCCUCCGCAAUAUAUGUGAUGGGUGCUAGGCGCUAGCCAAUGGGACG